GUGGCCAUUCGAGGUGGCGAAGGAGCUCAAUUCAGGCAGUGCAAACGGCGAGCGGUGGUGUCCACGUGCACAGCCCGCCGGUUCUCCACGUCAUCGCCCCCCGCGACCCGACCCGACCCGAUCCGUUCUCAAAUGCUACUGUGCUGCCGCUACGUGACGCGGCUCUCCUCGUCCUCGUCCUCCUUCUUCUUCAUGGCCUCCUCGCUCUACCUCUCUCUCUCCAGGUACAGUUCUCCGAUCCUCUCGCCGUUAGCUUCUUCUCCGUCACGACCUCGACCCCGCCGGCAUUGACGGACGCCGGAGAUUCCGUGCGGCGCCUUUUCAAGCUUCGUUCCUUUUCUUCUUCUUUUUUUUUUGGAUCGUGCCGCUAUCGACUCUGCUUGGCUCGAGCAGCUUGAGCUUUGGUCUUCGCUUAGCCCCGCAUCAUUGCUGUGAAUUUCUCCUUCGACUGUACCUGGGAUUUUGUAGAAGGAAUGCGCCUAUGAACUCUUGAGGAAAACCCAAUCUGGCGCUGGGAACGCCUGCAAGAUAGUCUGUUCCGCGGUUGCGCAAUGGUUUCUAGCGGGUACUUGGGGCCGCCCGCUCGUGGAAGGUCACGUCGUACAUCGCCAGUAGAGUAGAAACUGUUCCGGUGUGCCCGAAAUUAAGGAAAUUGAGAUUAGUGUGCAUGCGAAAGUUAGAUUCUUUGUCUAGUUUGGGCCGAACUUCAGGUGAAAUGAGAUUUUUUUAGAUGGUUUUCUUUCAGGCGACGCGCGGAGGAAUCGAAGGACGGGUCGCCGCGGGUGGUGAGAACUGAUGUUCGAGCGUUGAAUUGAGGAAUCACCCCCGGCUUUGCGGAAUUUUUGUGCUGGUGAAGUGAAGGCAGCAUGCUGGGUGAGGAUGAUCUUUGGACUGAUGGACUCGUUUGUGCUUUUGAGCUUAGACCGGGCAGGAGGAGGAUGUGCCAUUCCCAACCCGGUUUCAAGUUGCAGACGGCGCCGCGAGCCGGGAGGCUGGCGACGAAGAAGUGCGAGUCGGGAUGUCGACCCAAUGUUGCAUCCCGCGGCCGGGACGACGGCAAUAGUGACAGGUCCUUUCCGGUGAACAGGAAUGAUACGUUGAGUGACCUCGAUUCUGGCCAUUGCCAUGCUCCAGAAGAGUUUCGAGUGAGCCAUCAUUGGGUGCCAAUUGGCUGGGUUAGGAUACAUGAACUCGUCCAGACCGUGCAAGCUGAUGCUGGCUGGGCCUCGCAGCCCAUCGUGUUUGGGGACGACGAAGAUGAUGUCACGGUCGCGGACAUAGCGACUCCGUACCGAGAGAGGCCGGUGGGCCCCACUUGGUGGUGCCAUGUAGUUGCGGAUCACCCAUUCGUCAAAUCAUGGCUGAGCAAUGCACAGUGGCUACAUCCUGCCAUAAGUAUUGCUCUGCGCGAUGAAAGUAGGCUGAUAAGUGAACGAAUGAGGCACCUUCUCUAUGAGGUUCCAGUUAGAGUUGCUGGUGGCCUUCUAUUUGAGCUGUUGGGGCAGUCGGCUGGUGAUCCAUGCACCGAUGAGGAUGACAUCCCCAUUGUUUUACGGUCAUGGCAGGCGCAAAAUUUUUUAAUUACGGCAUUGCACAUCAAAGGGUCUGCCGCCAUAAUUAACAUCUUGGGUAUUUCGGAAGUUCAGGAACUGCUUGCUGCUGGAGGUUCUAACAUCCCACAAAGCAUUCACGAGGUUGUGGCACAUCUUGCCUGUCGCCUAGCACGAUGGGAUGACAGAUUAUUCCGCAAAAACAUCUUCGGUGCAGCUGAUGAAAUUGAAUUGAUGUUUAUGAACAGGAGAACCCUUGAAGACAUGCAUUUAUUUACGAUAAUUUUAAAUCAAGAGAUCCGAAGGUUAUCAACCCAGGUUAUUAGAGUGAAAUGGUCACUUCAUGCGAGAGAGGAAAUAGUAUUUGAGCUUCUUCAACACUUGAGAGGGAAUGCUGCUCGGACCUUGCUGGAAAGCAUACAAAAGAGCACAAGGGAAAUGAUUGAAGAACAAGAAGCAGUUCGUGGUCGGCUAUUUACAAUUCAAGAUGUCAUGCAGAGUACAGUUCGUGCAUGGUUACAGGACAAGAGCCUCACCGUUACACACAAUCUAGGAGUUUUUGGAGGUUGUGGCCUUGUCCUAUCUAUCAUCACUGGACUUUUUGGAAUCAAUGUAGAUGGAAUUCCAGGAUCAGAUGAGUCGCCUUAUGCGUUUGCUCUAUUUUCUUGCUUCCUGCUCUUUCUGGGAGCUGCAUUGAUCGCAAUUGGUCUCCUUUAUCUUGGCUUAAAGAAUCCCAUUGUUGAAGAGGAUGUUGAGGUUAGAAAGUUGGAGCUUCAGGAGCUGGUUCGACUGUUUCAGCAUGAAGCAGAAUCUCAUGCCCUAGUUCGCCAAAAUGUUACCAGAAAGAAUGUACCUCCUACUGCUGCAGAUCUACUCCCAAAUGCUCCGGGUUAUACUCUCCUCAGCUGAAAACAUAACAUCAAAGUAUCAUGAUCAGAGACAACCCACAAAUGGACAAAUAUGCCAUAGAUAUAUCUUAGAUUCAUGAGCUACUCCUGGUAACUCUUCGCUAUAUGAGCCUAAACCCCAGAUCCAUCUCCUUGAGAAGGAUUAAGGAUGUCAUUGCCAUACGUUCUAUUUUAUCUAGCCUGCGUUGGCAUAUUGGCAGUGAAUUGCCUAUGCGUAGUUAGUUUCCUUUUCAACCUUCUUAGUGCAGUUUUCCCCAGUGCGAUGACAUGAGAAAGUGCAAUUCUCCACCCUUCAUUCAGAGUAGAUUUUCCUCUGUGAAAUUACCCAUCAACUUAGAGUUUCAAGAGGAGUAGACAGGAGAGAUCUGUAGCAAGCCAUAACCAAAUUAUGUACAGGGACUGUUACGAAGGUCCGAGAUUAUGCUGAUUAUGAAGGAGUUUGGAAAUUUAUCAGGCUUUUUUUUC